AUGGGCUCAGCGACAUUCCUAAGCACUGGGUCGAGCUUCUGCCUCGAUGAGAACCCUGCAUAUGGGUUGAUGCAUAUUCUCUUGCCACACCGUUGUGGUGGUGAACAGAGACUACAAGAUAAGUACAUAGGGGAUAUUUCAUAUAUCCUGGGAUUUGGGAUACUGUAUCAGAAAGUGCUUCUUUUACUUUCUGCUGGGUCCCAGAAAAUCGAAGGUCGCUGUGUGGGUGUGUUGGGAUCGAAUAACGAGGGAUUGGCUGAUGUAGGCCAUGUGGGUGAUGAUCAAGAUAUGUGUCUCGGCGUCAACUUGAACUCGAGUAAUACUUCGGUUCUGUCCUGUUCCAGCGGCUAUUGCCGGUUGGGGCCUGUGUCUAACCAUGAUGAUAAGAACAAAGAACCAUUUGGAAGUUGGGUUGAUUGUGGUGAGAUGGAUAUUCUUGAUGUUAUGGUGUCGCAUAUAUCAGGGAAGAUAUUGAAAUGGGAGAAGAGGAUGUGA